UGUGUGUGCGUUAUCAGUGAGACUGCCAAGGUAUUAUGUGAUGUAUUGUUUUUUCUUUGAGUUGUAUUUGAGGUAGUCACGUCAUAUUUAAUGUAGCAUCCCACAAAAAAAAAGACAACAACAACCGACAUUUCUAGUUUAAUCAUCAAAAACUGACUCAAAAUUUCCCCAAAAUCUUAAAAAAAAACCCAAAAUGAUCUUUUUAGAAAAGAUUAGACAACAUUACACCAUUUUGGUUAAGCAGUUACACUGCAAGUGAUUCAUUAUCUUGUAACCCGAUCUCACGCAAAACAAUUUGGAGAAAUUCUGAGCAAACAUGAUUUUAUUGGAUUUUAUAUUAAAAAACCUAUGAUUGUUAUCACCCGUCAUGCUAUCCUGAACCAAAUUAUUACAAAUUUUUACAAGAUAGUGAGGUGGAGAUCCCACUUUUUGCCAAUAUGGCCAAGUCCGAUUCUUUAAUUGGUUAGAAAUAAACCACAAUGUGGCAUGCUGUUAUAGGAAAACAAUCAGUUACACAAUGCAGAGUUCCUGUUUUUUAAUCCUCUUAUACCACAGCAGUUUGCCAAUGAUUACAUUACAUUUUGCAUUAAUUAAAGAACAACACGUUGCACUUUUUAUCCAUUUAUAGUUACGUUUAAUGUUGCGGGAACAUCCGCGAAACAACCAAGUUUGUGUUAUCGUUUACAUUAUAGCCGCUAUAAACAGUCGUUCCUUCACCAGCUUCACUUUUUUUUAGGAAAACCUUAUUGUUGGAAAAGCUAAAUUACCUUAUUGACAGACCGCUAAAACUGGAGACUCCUUCCAAAAACGGUACAUAAAUCAAUAAAAUCUACUUACAGAAAAUUUCAUCGUAUCGACAAUCAUGCGUUUUUAAAAUCCGUUCAUGUGGAGCGUGAUCCAUUGUACAAGUCCUCGUGUAGGAUGUUACUAUGGAAACGAUAACGUAUUAGAACAAGCGUGUUAAUACUGUAUAAACAUUUUGAAUGACAUUUACUACUUUCCGAGCUGCUGUUAUAGAAAAUUAAUCCACACCUUCAUUGACCGCUGACCAAUCAUAUUUGAGAAUUCAAUAGUGCUGUGGUAUAACGCUAAAAACGCACUUAUUGCAUUUGUUUGAUAAAUAUUUAUGAUUAUAGUAAUGAAAAUAAUGUGCUUAUAUCUUAGGUUUAUUCAUUUGGCAGCAUGAACACAAUGAGAAAUUGCUAAAGCGCUUUGCAUUAAAAUAAUGAAUAGCUUUGUUGGGUGUCUUUAAUAUGUUUAAGCGGAGAAAUAUUAUCUAUGUUGCCAGAUAAAGCGGGAUUCCCCGUGCUUGGGCAAUUGUUGGUCAUCUUGCGCCAAAAACCAGUCUUGGGCCGAUAGGUGUAAUUUAUCGACCUUAGAAUUUCGUGGCUGGAUUCCAGUGAACUGAGGUUUAAAACAUGGCUUGGACUGGAAACUUGGACUGUGCAUCCAUUCUGGCAGCCCUGCACUCGAGCAAAGACACAUAAACUCCCGGAAAAGUCUAAUGGUAAACUAGCGAUCUAGAUGAAGCUGUGGUCUUAGAAAAGGGAAGUGAAUGCUGCCAGAAUAAACAAAAAUACGAUCGGGGAAAAAUUCCAUUGUUUAAAAGAGCAAACGUCAUAAAUAUUAGAUGUAUCAAAUGCUGAAGGAGUGAUGAUUGUAUGAAUGUGACUGAUAAUGAGACAAAUAAGAAAUAAACUGGGUGCUGAAAAAUUAGGAGGAUGUUCAGAUUCAUCUUAAAGUUAUAUUCAUAUGAAUUCUGCUGAAUCUGUUUCUAAGCAUUUAUGGAAGGAGUCUCCAGUGUCAGUACUUUGUAACAGUCUUUUUUCGGACACACAAAAAAGAGAGGCUAGUAAAGGUUUCUAUAAUGUAAGCCAUUCCAGGAAGUAACUUGUUUUGCAAAUGUUCCACAACAUUCAACGUUCUUUAAUUAAUAAAAUUGUAAAAUUUGUAAAGCGUUGCUGCGUUAAAGAGGAAUAAACCAGUUUGGGAUGUACAGUUCCUAGAAAAUAAUCAACUUCAGGGUGAUAAGAGUAGCUCUUCUUUGUGUUGCGCCACAUCACACCACCCUGUCAUUGAAUAUUUUCCUAUAAUAACAUUCCCCUGAGUGUUUUAUUCCUGAAAUAAAAAUCUUUCUAGAGAGGUUAGACCUUUGGAACCUACUGCACGUGGAACAUUUUAUAGGAGUUUCGGAGAGGUCAGGAGUCGUGAGUACUGGCAGUUUUGUUCCUAGUCAGUGAAAUGGAUAGAGUUCGAGACACUUCAGAAAUGUCCUUAUUCGUUUCAUUACUCAAGAAGCAACUGUAGUUCUCUGAAGUUUUCCAAAAAAGACUCCAGCUCUGAUUGGAAGCUUGUGUCAGAAUGACAGCAGAAGACUCCGCCUCUGCCGUCACCAUGAGUAACUCUAGCCCCUCCUCCAAAUCUAACGCUGCCAACAAUCAUCCGAUCCCCCAUGGAUCCAUUCCAGAUGGUGUUGCUGGAGCCCCUAACGAAGCGGCCCUGUUGGCUCUGAUGGAGCGCACAGGCUACAAGAUGGUGCAAGAGAACGGACAACGCAAAUAUGGCCCACCCCCUGGCUGGCAAGGCACCUCCCCCCCACGUGGCUGUGAGAUCUUCGUGGGCAAGAUCCCGCGUGAUGUUUACGAAGACGAGUUGGUGCCGGUGUUUGAGUCAGUGGGCAGGAUCUAUGAGAUGCGCCUGAUGAUGGACUUCGAUGGCAAAAACCGUGGCUAUGCCUUUGUUAUGUACACGCAGAAACACGAGGCUAAACGCGCCGUGAGAGAGCUAAACAACUACGAAGUGCGCCCUGGACGGUUGCUGGGGGUCUGCUCAAGUGUAGACAACUGCCGCCUAUUUAUUGGUGGAAUUCCCAAGACCAAGAAGCGAGAGGAGAUUCUGGAGGAAGUCUCCAAAGUGACAGAAGGGGUGCUGGAUGUGAUUGUUUAUGCAAGUGCUGCAGACAAAAUGAAGAAUCGUGGCUUUGCCUUUGUAGAGUACGAGUCCCAUCGUGCAGCUGCCAUGGCCAGGAGGAAACUCAUGCCUGGGCGUAUUCAGCUCUGGGGUCACCAAAUUGCUGUCGACUGGGCAGAACCAGAAAUUGACGUCGACGAGGACAUCAUGGAAACGGUGAAGAUCCUGUACGUGCGCAACUUGAUGAUUGAGACCAGCGAGGAGACCCUCCGCAAGAUCUUCAGCCAGUUCAACCCGGGCUGCGUUGAACGAGUGAAGAAGAUCCGUGACUACGCCUUCGUGCACUUUACCAGCCGGGACGAUGCGGUGGUGGCUAUGGACAACCUGAACGGUACAGAAAUCGAAGGGUCAUGUAUUGAGGUGACAUUGGCCAAGCCUGUAGACAAGGAGCAGUACACUCGCUACCAGAAAGCAUCCAAGGGAACCAUGACCAGUAGUGACAGUACUCAGCAAAAUUUUGUGUAUCAGUGUGAUCCCUACACCCUCGCCUACUACGGCUAUCCUUACAACACUCUCAUUGGACCCAACCGCGACUACUUCAUCAAAGCAGGUACUGUACGAGGCCGUGGCCGUGCUGGAGCCGCUAACAGAGGCCCAGGGCCCCGUGGCUCGUACCUCGGUGGCUAUUCCGCCGGUCGAGGCAUUUACAGCCGCUACCAUGAAGGAAAGACCAAGGUGCCGGAAAAACCAUAUGAGCUCAUGCCCAGUCUGGAGCUGGCAGCUGUUAAUCCAGUGGGCAUUAAGCCUGGCACAAUGACUCUGCCAGCUCUUGGUGCGCAGUACCCCACUGUGUUUUCUGCUGCACCCGCUGCUACUAAACUGGUGGAGGAAGGUAAAAUUCACCCAGUGGAGCAUUUGAUCAAUCCCCUCGCCCUCCAGCACGAUCAUUCUGCUGCUCCUUCGACUGCUGCCGUCAUUCCUGCCGUCUCAACACCUCCACCCUUUCAGGGUCGUCCCAUCACUCCUGUGUACGCCGUGGCCCAUAACGUCCCGCGGAUCCCUGCUGCUGCGGCGGCUGGUCUAUACGGUGCGAGCUACGUGCCCAUCGCUGCUCACAACACAGCCGCCCUGGCAGCACUGCAGAAGAACGCAGCCGUGGCAGCUGCUGCAUACGGAGGUUAUGCUGGCUACGUGCCCCAAACCUUCCCCGCCGCCACCUUCCAAGUGCCUAUCCAUGACGUCUACCCGACCUACUGAGACGCGUUACACCUUUUACCAACAACACAGCACGACAUCUGUCCACUGAUCUGAGAAUAAAGGACUUAUAUUAAAUUUCUUGACCAAAACCCCCCAAAAACAUUAAGCGCAUAUAUAUAAAACAAAAGGCCAAACUAGACCACUAACCUAAAGUUAGCGUAAAACAGCUGGACUACAGCUAACUAGCAUGACUAUAUUGACUGCAUAUUAAAAGAACCAAAACACAGCAGUAACCCUUUCUACAGUAUGAAGCCCACAUUCCUAAAUCAUUGCUGUUCUUAAAUUGGAUGCAGUUUAUAAACUCUAAUAAUGCCUCAUAAAGCUCUAAUUACGUUCUAUGCAUAAUUCCUUGACAACUUAUAACCAUAACAAUGCUGUGUGCUGUACUGCACAAACAUAACCCGACCUAAAGCGGCCAUAAUAUUUAUUACCCAUUAGAAAAACACUACUACCAUGUCAAACGUCAUCACUGAGUGUUUCGACUAAAGUGAAUACGCUUCAUUAUUCCUUGUUAUUCCUAAGAAAGACGUAAGACGUGAUGUACGUGAUGACUAUUUUUGUAAUCUGACUCAAAAUUAAUUCUGGAUUAGGCCAUACGCACUUCAGAUUUCCAUCCAAAUACAUUUCCAGAUACAUAUGAUAAAUUGCCUGUAGGUAUGAAUGAGUGGUUAGUGUGUAUGUGUGUGUGUGUGUGUGUUUGUGUGUGUGUGGAUAGACUCCGGAUCUGCCGCAGCCCUGCCGAGGAUAAAGCGGUUACUGAAGAUGAAUGAAUGAACAUUAUUAGAGCGUUAUGAUGCAUUGUUAGAGCGUCACUUAAUACAGCUACCCAGGACCGUUGUGUAUUGUGUAUUUUAAGACUAGAUUGUGUAUCUCGGACCCUUUAAGCUGCACGCUUGAGAUCUACCAGACCUGCUGACCAGAGACGUAAAUAAUGGAACGCGCUGACCUUGACUCCCGUAACGUAACACUGACCUUGUCUAGAACUACUGAUCUAAUUCUAUACACAUUCAGUCAAGCACAAGAUGUGACUUCAUGGACCAAUAACUAACUGACAUGGACUGGAAACACCAGUUGUGGCCUGCUGAUAUCAGUGUGUGUGCGUGUGUGUGCUACUUCGUUUCAUCUCCCCGAAGAGGAAACCUCAUUCCUUAUUUCAUAUCUCCUGAUGCAGUCUCAUCUCCUCUCAUCUCCAUGUCCAGCUUACUUGGACAAGCGUUACCUGUCAGUCAGGUGACUAUUUCUACGCUUCGAAAAAUGUGCUUUUUUAAUUUUAUUUUAUUUUUUUUUUUAGACUGAGUGCCUUAAGUGCUAGUGCAUCACAGCUCAUAAGAUACAACCAUCACUCAUUUAUUACAAGUCCAAUAUUUGGUUGCUAUGUCUAAGUUUUCCCAAAAAAAACAAAAACAAAAAAAAAUAGUGUUUUUUUGUUGCACUAAUUAAUCUAGACUGAUUCUGCGUGCCUUAAGCACAAAGUGCUAGGAUGUAUCUGUUCUACCUUUAAAAAUGCAUGAUAAAAGUAUAAAAGAGAAGCAUUAUAUUGCUGUGAGAGUCCUUAAUGCAAAUAAUUCAACAUCUCAUCAAAUAAAAUCAGCACUUAAGUCAGCAGAUCUAAACCCUGAAUUAAACCUACUGUCCUUGCUAAAUGCUACUUUUAGUGCUUUACACUCCAGACAUCCAGAACCUUCUGAAACCUUCCUCGUGUCUCUGUGGCUGCGAAGAAUACUGAAGGAACAUUCCUGUACAUCCCUGAACCUGAAAUACAGCAUAUUUGCUCUAAGGCCUUUAAUAGUUUCCUGGGAAAAAGACAAAAAGAAAAAAAAAAACAUUAAAAUAGACAAACAUAAGGAAAAAAAAAAUGCAAAACUGCUGAGCAGAGACCUAAGUGACCACUGAAGGAUCAUUUUAUGGACAUGUUUUGAUGUUUUAACACACAACUGGGAUUCCAAGUGCUUUGUGUGUGUUUUUUUUUUUUUUUUGAAGAUGUUUCAUAUCCUAACCACUAGGUUGCCUGAGUAAUAAUAAUAAUAAUAAUAAUAAUAAUAAUAAUACCUGACUAAUACUUUUAGAGCUUUUCAUUUUAUUAUAUUAUAUAUUAUAUUAUAUUUUCCUUUCUUAUCAUUUUAUUGUUUGUGGCAUAUUUGAUGUCCGUUUCGUUCACUGUUGUUUGAAGGUUUUCCGAGGUGCUUUAGUGCCCGCACUUGACGUUUUAAUGUGUGUAUUUUUUUUGAGCAUUUAACCGUUCCUUUUAUAAAACUGGAAGUUGGAGACAAAGCCAAAAAAAAUUAAUAAAAUUUAAAAAAAAAAAAAAAAAAA